AAUAAAAACUAGACACAACAGAUGGUCUUAGAAUAACACCGACAAGAGCUGAACUGGGAAAACAAGGGCAAACUCAAUCGAAUACACAUAAGUUUGGAAAUUCUUUCAAAGAAGACAUGUACAGAAUAAGUUUUUGCGGCGCCUUGGUGGUUGGUUUGAUAGCGUUAACACAGAUUUUGGCAAAAGAAGAUCUCCCAGACAACAAAGGACGCGAGUUUAUCAUCAUCUUCCAGGAGAACAGUAUAAAACGCCGCGGCCGUACCUCAGAGGAGCUUCAGCUGUUCCUCACCACAGACUACGAGAAGGACGUCUCCGUCAAUAUCAGCACCCCGUUAGUGCCGCGAUCUCAAGUUAAACGGGUACAUGUACAACGAGGUAGCAUGACGGAGGUGAGCCUCUCGGCAAAUAUUCAAUUAGAAGGCACGAAAAAAGAGAACAAAGGCAUCUUGAUAACAGCAGAAGAAGAAAUCGUUGUUUAUGGUGCUAACAUACUCAGUAUGAGUACGGAUGCUUUCAUAUGCCUACCUACAGACAUUCUUGGGACAACUCACUUCAUCCCAUCGUGGCCAAAGGAGUCCAAAUACGUGGGAUCGCAAAUAGGAGUUGUGGCGACCCAAGACAACACCAUGGUGAAUUUCACAUUCCCUAACGACGGGCGAAAUGUCAAUGUGUCUUACAGGAGCAGGUGGUACGGGGACGGUGAGACACUCAGCGUUCUGUUGAACAGGUACCAGACCAUGCAGGUCCAGAAUGAAGUGGACUUAACAGGAACUAAGGUGGUGUCGAAUAAACCUAUUGCAGUAAUGUCAGGAAACAAACGGACCAGCGUUGGUGGUGGGCGCGGCACGGAUCACCUCGUGGAGGCCAUACCGCCUGUGAAUACGUGGGGAAAACGCUUCGUCACUGUGCCGACGGCGGAGGACAGGGAAGGCGAUUUCUUUCGAGUUUUAGGCGGCAAAGCUGGAACAGAAGUCACAGUUCGGGCCACUGUGAAUUCGACCAUCACGAAAUAUCAAUUGAACGCUGGCCAGUUUCUUACGUUAGAUGUUCCUUCUGAAGAGUACCUAUAUAUAGAAAGCAACCAAUCCAUUUUGAUAACCCAGUUUUGCAAGACAUCAAAACGGUCUGUGAAGAAGGAUCCGUUCAUGAUGUACAUACCGCCCAUCGAGCAGUUCGCCUCUGACUACACCUUUGCAACUGUGCCUGCCGGCUAUUACCCUUUCACUAACUUUGUGGGGGUGGUCAUCAAAACGACCGAAAUCAGCGGUCUGAGACUGGACAAUCAGACAAUACCUAUUGACCAAUGGGACAGAGAAUGGCAGGUGAUAGCUAAUACAGAGUACUCGGCAAAUAUCUUAAAAGUCACCAAGGGCACUCACUUGCUACGCCAUCUGUCCCCUAUUGUCUCCUUCGCAGCCUUUAUGUACGGGUUUGGGUCUCAGGAGUCCUAUGGAUACCCGGCAGGGAUGCGGCUUGCAAGCAUAGGUGAGCACUGCCACCCAAGCCAGAGCCCGCCUGGUCCUGACGGCAAAGACAACGAUUGUGAUGGAAGGAUUGACGAAGAACUAGCCAAUGGAGUUGAUGAUGACGGUGAUAGUUUAGUAGACGAGGACCUGGCGACAGUGAUCAGUGAAACGCCGACUACGACGGUCACAACGACGAUAAAAACGCACAAGGAAAAUGACUCCGUUUCAGCUGAAGAUAUGUUAAAGACUACGAAAGAUGAAAAAGAAGGGUGGUUACACAUUAAUUUCAAAGACAAAGACAUUGAAACAAAAGAGAUGUCCAACUUUUCAUUUCAAAAGAUAGCUUGGACAAAAGAGAAAAUGAAGGUUAUUCUUGGUACAACCUUGCCCAUUGUACUUCUCAUUAUCGCGGCUAUCGUUGUAACCCUUAUCCUAUUGUACCGCCACAAACGCAGAGAAGCAGUUGUCGAUUUGGAAGCCACUUUGAUACAGAAGACAAACCAGAGAGACAAUGCGGUGGGUACGCCAGAUGGCGCUAUGAACUCUUCAUUGCCAACAUAAACCCUUUUUGCUAUGUAUAUGAAAUAGAAACUGAAGAAAUAAAAAAAUGAAUGUUUUGGUUUAAGACAAGCUAAAGGGAGUGUGUAACAGGAAACAUUACUGGGAAACCAGGCAAUCGUAGUGGACGCACAUUAAUUGUAAAAGAUUAAUGUAAAUAAUGGCUAUAUCUCAUGACCUGUGUAUGGUUUCCUUUCACCUAUCUUAAGGGAGAUAAAAAUCUGGCAGUUAAUUUUAUUUAAUUUAGAAAUUAUGUGUCUAAAAAGGAAACCUGUCUGGGAAAAAUUUAUAUGAUAAAUUUUCAGCAUUGAGGUUUCCGCUGAGUCAUUGUUGGUUUCCCCAUAAAUCAAAUGUGUACAUAAUUUUUAUUCUUAUAAUAAUAAAUAUAAGUAGUGUAUUUUAUGUACAUCUUUGUUUUUUUAAUUCUGCCAUUCUUUGUUAUUGUUAUGUUAAGCUUUGUUUUUGUGGCGUUUGCUUUAAACUGGAGACAGGUCAAACUUACGUCUUACCGCAACCAGACUGCAUAAAGAGAUCGGGGGUUCUCUCUCUCUCUCUCUCAUCUAGUUGUCUU